UGCAUCUCACAUUCGUUCUAGCUCACUCACCCGAUCAACGAAAACCAAAACUCUUUCAAAACCCCAACCCCUAAACAAACCCACCAUGUCUUCCGCAGCGGCGACAACCACCAAGGGCGGCAGAGGCAAGCCCAAGGCCACCACAUCGGUCACCAGGUCCCAGAAGGCCGGUCUUCAAUUCCCAGUCGGCCGGAUUGCCCGGUUCCUCAAGACCGGGCGAUAUGCUCAGCGGGUCGGAUCUGGGUCCCCUGUCUACCUCUCCGCUGUCCUCGAAUACCUUGCUGCAGAGGUGCUGGAGUUGGCUGGAAAUGCUGCGAGGGACAACAAGAAGAGCAGGAUUAUUCCCAGGCACAUUCAACUCGCUGUGAGGAACGACGAGGAGUUGAGCAAGCUCAUGGGGUCUGUUACCAUCUCCCAAGGCGGUGUUCUUCCUAACAUCCAUCAAAAUCUUCUGCCCAGGAAGGUUGGGAAGGGAAAGGACGAGAUUGGGUCUGCGUCUCAGGAGUUUUAGGGUUUUAUAGUUCGUACAUGGAAAUUGGGCUUCUUUUUGGAUUUGUUGUUUUUGAUGCCUUUUGGGUUUGAUAACUUGUAAUGAAAUAGCCUAUGUCGGUGAUGUAAGUACAGGAUGGUGAUUAGGUUCUUUAGCCCUCUACUCUGGUACUAUUUGCUUGAAAUGAAAAAUGAAAUUUUUUGUCA